UUGUCGAACAAAAGGAAACUCAUCGAAGAAAAAAUAGAGAAGCGUAUCACAGAAGAAAGAUGACCAAACUAUUGUCCAAGACGCUUGAUCCAGAAUUUGUACAGCCUACCAAAGAGUCGAAUAUCAAACCUCUUUUCAGACCAGCCAGUACCAACAAUAAUAAUGAUGGAGUGCUAAUGCCACAGUUAAUUGAGCAGCAUCUUCAUGACACAGUUGCAAAAUAUGAUAGAAGUACACUUGCUGGAACAUCUGAUACAAAUGUCACCACAGCUCUUUUUUCUAAUCUUCAGUUACCUAGCUCCAAGUAUCAGAGUAACAAUGAUAAUCAAUUCUGUGUAUCGCACCCUGGAUCAAAUCUCAAGAAUAGUCUCUUUUGCUUUUCUACUUAUGAAGAAGGUCUUCAUUUCUAUCAUCUUCGUGUAAACAUAAUUGGUUCUAUGACAAUUGUUAUUUCAGCUACAUAA